GUUGGCCGCGCGUGGUGGUGUAGCUAGCGGGGUCAGUGCUCACUGCUGCUGUCAUGGUUCAAUUGCUAAACUGCAUCGUCGCUGUGUCCCAGAACAUGGGCAUCGGCAAGAACGGUGAACUGCCCUGGCCGCCGCUCAGGAAUGAAUUCAGGUAUUUCCAGAGAAUGACCACGACCUCUUCAGUAGAAGAUAAACAGAAUUUGGUGAUUAUGGGUAGGAAGACCUGGUUCUCCAUUCCUGAGAAGAAUCGACCUUUAAAGGAUAGAAUUAAUGUAGUUCUCAGCAGGGAACUCAAGGAACCUCCACAAGGAGCUCUUCUUGCCAGAAGUCUGGAUGAUGCCUUAAAACUUACUGAACAACCAGAAUUAGCAAAUAAAGUAGACAUGAUUUGGAUAAUUGGUGGCAGUUCUGUUUAUAAGGAAGCCAUGGAUCACCCAGGCCAUCUUAAACUGUUUGUGACAAGGAUCAUGCAGGACUUUGAAAGUGACACGUUUUUUCCAGAAAUUGAUUUGGAGAAAUAUAAACUUCUGCCACAAUACCCAGGUGUUCCCUCUGAUGACCAGGAGGAGAAAGGCAUUAAGUACAAAUUUGAAGUAUAUGAGAAGAAUGAUUAAUAUGAAUGUGUUUUCUGGAUUAAGCUGUUCCUCCUCCCUCUGAAAAAAAUUAUGUAUUUUUACAUUAGAAAAAAAGACUUUUUUUCCUUCAACAAGAUCUAUGGAAGCUUUUCUCUCUUAUCUUUUUCUUUCCCCUCUCUCUCUUUCUGCAAAGAAAAAAAAAGGCUUAGCAACUUUAGAUCUGUGGAUAAUUAUUUCUAAGCAAUGUGUUUGUAUUCCCCACUAGUCUUUUUUUUUUUUUUUUUUUUUUUUUGCUGUAUACUACUAUUGACUUUAUACUUUACACUUUCCCCACUAAUCUUGGCUAUAUCAGAUACCAUUUAUGAAACAUUCUUGCUAUAACUAAGUGCCUAUCCAAGACCCUGACUGAGUCCCCAGCACCUGCUACACAGUGAGCUACCAUUCCACACCCAUCACGUGGCACUCUUGCCAGUCCUUACAUUGUCGAGCUUUUCAAAUGUUGAUAGUAUUUAUUAAAGAUGAAGAUGCACAUACCCUUCAACUGAGGAUUUUCACUAGUGAGAAACAUCGAAAGCUUCCUACAUGUAUAUCCAGAGGUUUGUAGACAAACGUUACAGCCUUGUUUGUAACAGUGAAAAAUUAAAAACAACCUGGAAGUCCAGUGAAAGCAGUUUAUUUGCUAGGUCAUACCAGCAAUCAUCAAUUGAGGUAUGGAGAAAUGGAACUGAGUAGGUAAGAAAACCAGUUUAAAGUCAUUGAGCAGGUUCUCAUUGGUAACAAGCUCCAUACUGCUGAGAUACGGGGAAACGGAGGCGAGAAAGCUGGAGUGUUGAUCCCCCACUCCUUGGGUGUCAUCUCCCUUUCCUGUGUGUGGGUGGAACGUACUCCAGCUGCUCUAUAGCAAGUCCCAGGUGUUUGCAUGCCCGGGAACAGUGAUUGCCAAACACUUAAAGCAAUUGUAUGUUUAAGUAUGUAAGCUCUUCAUGCUUUUUUUUGUUUUUGGUAGAUAGAGUUUCACUGUUGUUGCCCAGGCGGAGUGCAAUGGCACAACCUUGGCUCACUGCAACUUCUGCCUUCCCAGGUUGAAGCAAUUCUCCUGCCUCAGGCUCCCAAGUAGCUAGGACUACAGGUGCACACCACCACACCCAGGUAAUUUUAUAUUUUUAGUAGAGACAGUGUUUCACCAUAUUGGCCAGGCUGGUCUCAAACUCCUGACCUCAAGUGAUCUGUCUGCCUUGGCCUCCCAAAGUGCUGGGAUUAACAGGCAUGAGCCACCGCACCCAGCAGAUCUUCAUUUUUUUGAUGUAGUAAAAAGUGUGAAGCCACACAUGGUUUAUUUAAAAUACUUUAUAAUUUUAAAAAAUUGCUUAGAAGGAAAAGCAAUUCUAAGUUCAAGCGAGGGAUGGUGGUAGUUUGAACCAAAGGAUUGCAUGUAGUAAGGAAUUGUCAUUUGAGAUAUAUUUUAAAGUUGGCCGUUGCAGGAUAUUCCAGUGGAGUUUGAUUUUGGUUUUGGCCCACUGAGUUUGAGAUGCUUUUGAGAAGUGAAGAAAGUAGAGAGAGAAUAAAAGAAAAAUUGGCCAGGCACAGCGGCUCACACCUGUAAUCCCAGCAUUUUGGUAGGCCAAGGCAGGUAAAUCACUUGAGAACAGCUUGGGCAGCAUGUUGAAGCCCCAUCUCUACAAAAAAUACAAAAAUUAGCUGGGCAUUGUGGUGCACACCUGUAGUCCCAUCUGCUCAGGGAACUGAGAUGGAAGAAUCAAUUGAGUUCAAGGCUGCUGUGGUGCCUCGUGAUUGUGCUGCUGCACUCCAGCCUGGGUGGCAGAAGAGACCCUGUCUUGAAAAAGAAUCUGAAAACAAUGGAACCAUGCUUUCAGAAUUCUAGAAAGAAUGUUAUUUUCAACUGAUAAAUCUAUAUUCAGCCAAAUAAUCGAGGUUUGAAGGUAAAAUAAUACAUUUUUAGACAAGCAAAGACUCAGGUUACCUCCAUGUGCUCUUUCUUGGGAAGCUAUUGGAGAAAAUAUUCCAGCAAAAUGAAGGAGUACGCAAACCAGAGAAUGACAUGGAUCCAACAAAUAGGAUCCAACACAGGCAAUAUUCCAGGUAUGGAGCUGGCUUUACAAAGAAACAGUAAAAAUAUUAAUAGGUUAGCUGGGUGGAAGGGCUCAUGCCUGUAGUCCCAGCUACUCGGGGCUAAGCAAGAAGAUGGCUUGAGCCCAAGAGUGACAGACCAGCCUGGCCACCAUAGUGAGGUCUCUUCUCUUCAUAGUAGGGGUCGAGCACAGUGGCUCACGCUUAUAAUCCCAGCACUUUGAGAGGCCAAGACAGGCAGAUAAUGAGCUCUGGAGUUCAAGACCAGCCUGACCAAUAUGGUAAAACCACAUCUCUCCUAAAAAUAAAAUUUGCCAGGCAUGGUUGUACACGCCUGUAGUCCCAGCUACUCGGGAGGCUGAGGCAGGAGAAUUGCUUGAACCUGAGAGGUGGAGGCUGCAGUUGAGCCUAGAUCGUGCCACUGCACUCCAGCCUGGGUGACAGAGUAAGACUCUGUCUCAAAGAUAAUAAUAGGUUAUUGCCAGAUUUGGGGCAUUUGGAAAGAAGUUCACUGAAGGAAAAGUAAAAAAAAAAGGUGGGGGGAAGGGAUGGUUAGGCAAUCAUUGAUUCUAGGACAGAAAAGUACGGGAUAGGAAGUAAGAGCAUAGUUGCUCUUUUUCUCAACAAUCAGCAAUCUGUACAUAGUCAUAAUCAUGUGGUGACUGCUUACCCCUUCAAUCUGGUACCUACUUUGGGACAAAUUGGGAGGAAAAGUGAAGAUAGUGAUGGUGUAAGAGCUAAAGCCUAAUCUGUCGUAUCAAGAAAUCACUAUAUGAUAUAUAAAAUCAAGAAAUGACUAGUUAUGUGAGGUAAAAAAUAGAAGACAUUGCUAAAAGAGUUCAAAGUCAUUGCUCUGGAGAAUUAGGAGGGAAGGGACAGGGGACUGUUAGGAUGCAUUAUAAACUGAAAAGUCUUCUGUAAAUUACAUGUAUUAAUAUACGCAUUCACUUGAAAAACUAAAAACAUAAGAAUUUGGAAAAACCCAGGAAGGUAACUGCCAGAAGGAAAAACUAACAAUGAAAAGUGCUUGCCUCUGGAAUGAACAACUGGCAGGACUGUUGUUUUCAUUGUAAGAGUUUUAGAGCCAUUUGAUUUUACUUAACCAUUUUCAUAUAUUUCUUUAAUAAAAACAAUUCCAUCUUAAUAAAAAGUUACACUCAUUCAUAA